AUGAAGCUGGGAGUUCUUGAAACCCUCUUAUCUUUACUGUGUAUUAAUUUUGUCAAUGUAAGUAAUUUUUUGUUUAUAGUGUUUAUUAUUAUUUAGGCAAUGAAAAGUUUAACUUUUUUUAAUCUGGUUUAUGGGUUUAAAAGUAGAAUUAAACGUUUUUAAAUCACGAGAAUAAUCUUCAACCUUUUGAUUGAAAUAAUCUUUAAUUUUAGGCAAAUUUCGAAGAUUCAAGAUGUAGAUGCACAUGUCCAAAUACAAAGUAUUUUUCCGGACCAAACAUGACAGAUAACAAGGUCAGGUACUACACAAAAACGAAUGUACUUUCUCCAAAUUGGUAAGUUGUUUUUAUUACUUUAAUAAUUUUAGCAUUGUUAAGAAUUUUUUAGAGCUAGUUUUUUAUAUCUAAACGUCUGUUUUACGUUUUGACUUAACUAUGCUUAAAUGGUAUGAAAUAUAUUGUGAAUGACUGAAUUGUUAACAUUUUCUUAUGAGCAUGUAGUUAGGUAGAAUUUUGUUAAAGUUUGCUUUGAAAAGCCGUAAACUAGGCUAAAAAACAGUUAACGUUGUGUUUUGUAACAUGCUUUAACCUUCUCGUUUCAGUAACCCCCAAAACGUGGUCAAAUUCUCAGUGAAGGGCUUCGUGGACAGUUCACAUUUGGAUGCGUUCCUGGCCAAUUGUGAUUGUCGCUUCGAAUCUCGGAAUACAAUUUUGCUCAAGGUGAUUUAUUGCUUUUAAAUUAAUUUAAUCGUUUUUAUUGGUAACUCCAAUUUCGUACAGUAUGUAAAACAUUUGCUAUGCAAAUUAAUUGAUUUUAUGGACGUCAGUCGCUACGUUUCAUAGUAUCUUACUGUAGUGAGUUGUGUUAUGCAUGAUGGAUAGCUAUCGUAAAUGACACUUUAUAUAUUUUAACUUGGAAUAGACAAAUUUUUUAAAUUUCUGGACGUUUUUGCAUGUACUUUUAAUUUGAAUUUAAAUUUGAACUAUUUUAGGUUGUGGUGAUAUUUGUGAUAUGUAUAUUGGCUCUACUUGGAUCCUACAUGAUGUUCUUGACGAUAUUGGAUCCAAUGUUUAAGAGGAGGCAAAACACACUUAACUAUAAACGUCAAGAUGACGAGGUAAGCCUGUUAAUAGGAGAAUAAUAUUUUUUAGUAUUGCUUAUUAGUUAGGUCUAAAUGAAUAUAAAAUAAAUGUUUAUUUUUUUUACUUUGUUAGUUUAAAGAUUUGCUAGUAGCGUAAAGUGGGAUCUGUUCUUCAAGCAAGGUUUAUAUUUUUUCAGAUAGAAGAAAACAUAUUCGGUGAUCCCACAGUGGAUACGAACGGGUCGAUACCUCUCAAGGUACAACACACAGCCACAAGUGUCCUAGACAAGGUGGAAGACAAGACCUCCAAGUGGAAGUCGGACGUGCAGGAACAGCGACGAAAAGUAUUGUCAGACCACACGAUUCUCAACUAA